AUGGUUGUUGAAGUGUAUAUAUCGUCCACUUCCGGAAAUACUAACGUUAAGAGCAGACAGCAGUACAUAAUGAAUAUUCUUACCGCUGCAAAAAUACCUUUUGAAGUCAAGGAUAUUUCAGCGUCCGAAACUUAUAAACAAUUCAUGUGUAAAACAGUGAAGGAGAAUGGGAAGACGCCAAUCGCUCCUCAGCUAUUCCUUGGAUCAGAAUAUCUUGGGGAUUAUGAAGAAUUUAUUCAAGCGAAUGAAAAUGAAAUGUUAAUGGAAUUUUUAAAGAUGAAUGAUUCAUCACAUACUACUAGUUUAGAAGCUGAAUCAUAA